AUGUGUCGAAAUUUUUCUGAAGUGACAGGGGAUAUGAUAUGUCCGAAUAUGGUGAGAGGAAUCGACCAUUUGAGAGAUCCUCGUUUAAAUAAGGGUCUAGCAUUUACGUUAGAAGAGAGACAAACAUUAGGGAUUCAAGGUCUGUUAGCUGCCGAGUAUAAAACUCAAGAAGAACAGUUAAAUAUAUGCCAGAUUUCGUUGGAUCGGUACAAAGAUAGUCUAAACAAAUUUAUAUAUUUGAUGGAGCUGCAGGAUAUGAAUGAAAAGUUAUUCUUCAGCUUACUGUCCCGGAAUGUUGAAAAAUAUUUACCUAUAGUUUACACUCCCACUGUGGGGUUGGCAUGUCAAAGGUUUGGUCUUAUUUAUAGGAAACCACGAGGUCUCUUUGUCACCAUAUACGACAAAGGCCAUGUAUUAAAUAUUCUCAAUAAUUGGCCUGAACAUAAUGUCAGAGCGAUAGUUUUUACGGAUGGUGAACGAAUACUGGGCUUAGGAGAUCUAGGGGCCUAUGGCAUGGGUAUACCUGUUGGAAAACUGGCUCUAUAUACAGUCUUAGCUGGUAUAAAACCACAUCAAUGUUUACCUAUUACCUUGGAUGUCGGGACUGACAAUAAGGACCUUUUAGAAGAUCCUCUCUACAUAGGCCUUCGACAAAAAAGAGUUCGUGGCAAAGAAUACGACGACUUUAUUGAUGAAUUCAUGAAGGCUGCUAUUGAGAGAUUUGGGCCAAAUACCUUACUACAGUUUGAAGAUUUUGCCUUAGUGAAUGCAACUCGACUUUUGGAAAAGUAUCGCAAUGAAUACUGUACAUUUAAUGACGAUAUUCAGGGUACCGCAAGUGUUGCGGUCGCUGGACUUUUCGCUGCCAGCAGAAUCACUAAAAGGAAAAUAAACGAGAAUAUUUAUAUGUUUCUCGGUGCUGGAUCGGCGGCAACCGGCAUAGCCAAUUUAAUAGUAGCGGCUAUGGUGGAAGAAGGUACGAAAGCGGUCGAUGCUCGAAAAUUAAUCUAUAUGUUCGAUGUCGAUGGUUUAUUGACGAACUCUCGGCAAAACGGUAUCCCCGAUCACGCCAAACACUUUGGCAAGGAUAUGGAACCGGAGAAAAAUUUCGAAAAAUGCGUCACCACUAUUAAACCGACAUGUCUCAUUGGUUGUUCGACUGUCGGUGGCGCCUUUAACGAAAACAUUCUGAAGCAAAUGGCUAGAAAUACGGAGAGACCGGUAAUAUUCGCUCUCUCAAAUCCGACUAGCAAAGCGGAGUGUACCGCGCAAGCUGCCUAUGAUUAUACGGAGGGUAGAUGUGUGUUCGCGUCCGGUUCGCCAUUUCCACCGGUUAAGUACAAGGAUAAAGAGUACCGAACCGGUCAAGGAAAUAACUCUUACAUAUUUCCCGGUGUCGCUCUCGGUGUCAUUGUGUCGCGCUCUCGCCAUAUCCCGGAGAGUAUGUUCUUGACAGCGGCCCGGACGUUGGCAAACUUCGUAAGCGAAGAAGACUUGGCGCUCGGCCGAAUAUAUCCUCCACUCGGCGACGUCAAGAACGUAUCGCUUAAUAUAGCGGUCGAAGUCGCCAAGCAGGCGUACUCGAAAGAAUUAGCAACUGCGUUUCCAAAGCCUUGCGAUUUCAAAUCAUAUAUUCAAGAACACACAUAUAAUUUGCAAUACGACUCCUAUAUACCGAAAUUCUUCAAAUAUCCUAAAUCACCUAAUGUUAAAGUAAAACCAGUGCGAGAAGCAUAUAAAGGGUAAAUACUACAAUACAUUACUAAUAUCUCACUGAUGACAAAAAAAGAUUCUUCCUACUACCUAAUAUUAUAAGUGCGAAAGUUUGUGAGAGUGGAUGACUU